CACUAGUUUACUCUUAAUAUCCACCAACAUAUCCAUGCGCCCUGAAACGCCAAACCUCGACUUCUUGCGCGAUUUUUUGAGAAACUUUGACACUGAUUUUGCAGUUAUCCACCCUUUGGACCCCGACGACGUGAAGAAAAAGAAGCUAGAGGCUGCGUGCAAGAAAGCCCACCAUGAGACGUCGACUGUGGCUGACUACUUGCCGUUUGCAAAGUUCUACCAAGAUUACCCCACCUUACACUCACAUCUGCCUGAGUUUGUGAAGAAAGUCCCACUCAUACUAGAGUGCCAAGUCAAGUGUUCGUGCACCGAAACCACCUGCAAGAAAAGCCAUGAUCGUGUAUGGAAGAGCAACAUCGAAGAGCUAGAGGCAUGUGGCCUGUUGUCCUCGGUGAGCGAACUUCGUAUAGCCCUGUAUAAUGACUGUCCGAAAGAUCUCCAUCUUGACAAGGCUAUCCAAGAGCUCAGUAUUCCCAGUGGUGCGAUUGCCAGCACAAAGCUUAUUAGGUUCCUAGGCCAUGGCCUAUUUUAUGCUGGCAAGAGGCAGGAGUCCCAGGAUGCAGAAAUGGAGGCAACCCGCACUGCCCAGCUUAUCCUCGAGCACUGCCCUCAUGCCAGGGAACUAUGGUACCAUCCAGAUCGAGUCUGGGGUCUAAGCAAGAAUCCCCCUCAGGAGUUGCCUGGUGUCGGGACAGAGAUAAUGAUAAUGCUUCGCCAUGUGCUCCACCCACGCCUAACAAUGAUGCAGAUUACGCGGCCAUUCCCAUCUUAUAUUGACCAACCAUUCUCGCCGAAUCUCCAGUAUCUUGUGCUAGACCUGAAGCUUGUCCCGGAGUUUGUGCACUUACCGCCUAUCCCUACAGACAGCAUGAGCCAUCUUGAACUAAGCGGAAUCUCGAACGGCAUCAACUGGGGUCUGUUCAAGACUGGACCAGACAGAAGGGUGCAUCUCCCAAACCUCCAGACGCUCGUGAUGCGGUUUAAAGAGCCUGAGAAAGGUCUCCUGCAGCCCUCGCUGGACGUAUCCAGAGUUGCGAUACCGUCAACGGUUGGUGUCACUGUGACUGGGAUAACCCAUAGCAGAAACGACAUCUGGAAAUACUUCAAGAAAGGCUGCCGCCAGCUGUCACUCGUAGAGAGCACAUUGGAAUUUAGAGACAUCGAUGUCUACAAUCUCCAGUGCUCUGAACACUUCCAGCUCAAGUUGAUCCCGGAAGAGGGCGAUUCCAGCAAGCCUCUCCCCUCUGCAGGGUUGAGAAACUUCUUUGGCCACAGGAACACUGUCAUCCGCAGGAUGUCAGUGACUGGCAUUGAGUUUACGCUGCCUCUGACUGUGAAGUUUCACAACAUGGAGAACCUUCAUCUGUCUCUGGGAAUCGCAGACAGCAACAUCAUUCUCAACCUGACACACAGCCUGACAAGGCUGAGGACUUUGCGCAUCCGUUGCUUCUCUAUGUACUGCAAGGAUCUGAAUCAUCACAGACGCGGGGUUUACUUUGCCAAGGAGGACCUCGAGCUAUAUAUCAUUGCUGCGCAUGCAAGGGAUAUCCCAAUGAUAGCCAGCAAGAAUCUGCACUGCCUGCACCUGUACUCGCACAUGGCGAUUGACCCAAACAAGUUCAUCGAACUGAUGGCUCGGUUCCCAAACUUGGCCGAGAUACAAGUUAAUGGUGAGAUAGUUGGGUGUGUGGAUUGGGCUUUUCGUCAUUGUAACAUCAUAGCCAGCGCGAUUGAUCCAAGCACGGUGUAGCAUAGUCUCUUCCUUCAUUUCUUUCUCUCAUCGUCUUAUAUUAGCACGUACCAGUACAAAUAACAUCUGUAAAUAAGCAAAAGCGGAGGCAAGUCUUUGGCUAGAAGUGAACAUACAGAGCGCUGCAAAGUAUCCUUUGCUAACAGGAUCAUAGCUUUGUAAAGUAAACUGAGGCGUUAUACGCAAAGUUUUAUAAAUAAGAAAUGAGAAAAUACUAAGCGGCUAAACCGAUAAAGAAGAAAGAGAAAGAAAAUUUCUUUUAGAGAGAAACUCAACGUCACAUAGUUGGUGGGCUGUCUAGUCAGGGUUUUUCUCACAGUGACUUGCCGAUUUAGGACUAACUGUGUAGUCCAUCGACUAGUGUCCAACA